AUGCUUUGCGCCCUGCAUAACUACGACCUGGCCACCCUUGGAUGCGACCGACUCUUGGGCCACGCGACCGUUCGUGCAGCCACAAGCUCGCAGCUCGACUCACGGCUAGCCGCCAUGCACGGAGAACCAUCGGCUCCUUGGCCUAUCACAGCCAAUGGCUUCCAUGACCCCGGUGCACUUCUGCCGCCCUGUGGUGCAGAGCGGGCCGUCGCACGUCGAAGUCAUCCCGCGUCGAUCUUGCAGCUUGAUGCGGCCCCAUCCAUGUCCGCAUCGUCACAAGGCCAACGUCCUGUCUCUGAGGGUAGCAAGUUUCCGAUCAACAGUCAGCCGUUAUUGCUAUACAUAUACCAAUACGCACCGAUGCACAUUUGA